AUGAAACGCUGGGCGCCGUCGCUCGGCCUACUCGCAUACUUUUCGGCGCUUGUCGCGGGCAAUGAAGUACAACUGAAACAAGAUGAUGCCCACAGACAAAGAUGCUCAGGGAUGUACAGCAGGAAGUCCUGGGGUGGUUCAAUAGAGCCGUUCAUCCUUGUCAAGUUCCUUCCGGACCAUACCGAAGAUGACACAGACCCAUUGACGAGUCUCAUAAUAUUCGAAUGGCAGGACGAACACCUGAUAGGAAAGACACCACCUGGCGGAGACACCUAUCGCGACUUCGAAACCAUAUGCACAACGGACGCCGUUGGGCAGGGGUUAUGUGAAGAAAAGGAUAUUGGCUCCUUCAUACUCGCGACGAACGCUACAGAACAGUCAAAGAACCCCAUAUACAAUGAAGCAAUCCACCUUAAAGACCCCAAGGCGAUCAACUACCCUAUCCGCCGAACAGGAUACUAUUGCGUUUCGACGUAUGCCUACUCCGACCACGAAUACGACGCUGUUGUCGAGUUCCGCAAUGCGUAUGGAGAGCUGCCAGCGGCCCAGAUCGCGAAGCUCCCGUUCUAUGGCGGCCUAACCAUCACCUACGCGGUACUGGGCGCUUUUUGGGCUUUUCUAUAUGUACAGAACCGCAGCGACAUUCUCCCUGUGCAGAACUACAUCACCGCGACCAUCAUCUUCUUGAUCGUCGAGCAGCUCAUGACUUGGGGCUUCUACGACUAUCAGAACAGACAUGGGAACAACACCUUGAACAAGGUGUUCAUGAUCAUUGUCUCGAUCUUGAAUGCCGGCCGCAAUUCCUUGUCGUUCUUCCUCUUACUAAUUGUAUGCAUGGGCUUUGGCGUGGUCAAGCCAUCACUUGGAAAAACGAUGAUCUAUGUUCGCAUACUGGCUGCGGCGCAUUUUGUCUUUGGCGUCAUUUACGCCAUUGUGUCGAUGGCAGUGACACCGGAGUCGGUUGGUCCGAUUAUCCUGUUUGUCAUCCUUCCACUUGCGGGCACACUGACCGCAUUCUACGUCUGGACUUUGUCCUCGCUCAAUAUCACAAUCAAGGAUCUGGUGGAUCGCAAACAGAAGACAAAAGCGAUGAUGUAUAAGAAGUUGUCCUGGUGCAUCCUAGGCUCCAUACUAAUCAUCUUCGCCUUCUUCUUCGUCAACAGCUUCGCAUUUGCUGGGAGCGGGGAGGCCAACUUCGUCCCGGAGCAUUGGCAGAGCCGGUGGUUCGUGCUGGAUGGCUGGCUCAACUUAGUCUAUCUCUUCGAUAUUGCGUUCAUCGCGUAUCUGUGGCGUCCGACAGCCAACAACAGACGAUUCGCCAUGAGUGAUGAGUUGUCCCAAGAAGAUGACGGCUUCGAGAUUCGGAGCAUCGCCGACUCGCUUUCAGAUGACGAGGAAACAGCAACAAACAAGAAAGACCACGAGCGAGGAAUCAGCCCGUCUGGGGGAGCUUCAACUUCUUUUACUGAUGGGGCCAACAUGUCAGCCCCGAGGAAUGCAUCGCCUGCCCCUGCAUUGCAGAACAGCAGCAGAGCACCGCCUAACCCGCCCAAGUCCAGAGCUUCGUUGGACGGUGAGACGAUUUUUGCCGUAGGGGACGACGGAGAGUGGAGCGAGGGAGAGGAAACCGAUGAUGAGAACAGAAAGCUCACCGGCAGAUGA